AUGACAGCCCCCAGCCCCGUCGACGCAGCACCUCACAUCCUUGAACUCCUCGCCGACCUUCACCAGAGGUCUCUGGACCAAGAGGCUCUCCUCUCCAAAACCGGCAAGGCCUCUUCCUCAAUCAUCCUGAGCGAGCUCCAAGAUCAGGACCCUACCAUCACCACCACCCCGGCGAACCUUAAGAAGCAGUUUGACCGCCUCAUGAUCGACAAGUUCAUCGCUCUGGAGGAGGAGGAGCGGUUACUGGCGUACAUCAAGGACAUGGUGGCGGAAGCGGAUCCCACCGGCGAAAUGGCGGCGAGUGGGGGUCGCAGCCAUUCCCCGCAGGUGGAUCUCUGCAUUCACGUCCUCAAAAUCUGGCACAAGCUGUUGAGUGGAGACGCGGUGUGGGAUGUAGUCCGCUUGAUCGGACGAGCGUUGGAGGCCUAUUGGAGGAUUCUGGAGGGAGGGACUACCUAG